AUGAAAGCGGAGCGACGUCCGCAGUCGGGCAGUCAGGCUGUGCGACGUCCUCGGCGGAGCAUGAAGUUGCUGCAGAUGGACAAACUGCAGGAGCACCAACUCAAACUUCAGCCUUCACAACCACCUGGGAACAGGUCGUACUUUACAGUAAAUUGGGCUGGCAGCAGUGUGAAUAACAGCAGUAACACUUCAAACACGUCUUACACUGUCACUGGUCUGACCGCUGGAGUGAACUACACAUUCACUGUUACUGCAGAUGGACAAACUGCAGGAGCACCAACUCAAACUUCAGCCUUCACAAAGCCAAAUGCUGUCACAAAUCUCACUGUCUCUAUCAAAACCACAUCAUCUGUGGCUCUAACCUGGAAUGAGCCACCUGGGAACAGGUCGUACUUUAAAGUAAAUUGGGCUGGUGGCAGUGUGAAUAACAGCAGUAACACUUCAAACACGUCUUACACUGUCACUGGUCUGACCGCUGGAGUGAAAUACACAUUCACUGUUACUGCAGUUGCUGCAGAUGGACAAACUGCAGGAGCAUCAACUCAAACUUCAGCCUUCACAAAGCCAAAUGCUGUCACAAAUCUCACUGUCUCUAUCAAAACCACAUCAUCUGUGUCUCUAACCUGGAAUGAGCCACCUGGGAACAGGUCGUACUUUAAAGUAAAUUGGGCUGGUGGCAGUGUGAAUAACAGCAGUAACACUUCAAACACGUCUUACACUGUCACUGGUCUGACCGCUGGAGUGAAAUACACAUUCACUGUUACUGCAGUUGCUGCAGAUGGACAAACUGCAGGAGCACCAACUCAAACUUCAGCCUUCACAAAGCCAAAUGCUGUCACAAAUCUCACUGUCUCUAUCAAAACCACAUCAUCUGUGUCUCUAACCUGGAAUGAGCCACCUGGGAACAGGUCGUACUUUAAAGUAAAUUGGGCUGGUGGCAGUGUGAAUAACAGCAGUAACACUUCAAACACGUCUUACACUGUCACUGGUCUGACCGCUGGAGUGAAAUACACAUUCACUGUUACUGCAGUUGCUGCAGAUGGACAAACUGCAGGAGCACCAACUCAAACUUCAGCCUUCGCAAAGCCAAAUGCUGUCACAAAUCUCACUGUCUCUAUCAAAACCACAUCAUCUGUGGCUCUAACCUGGAAUGAGCCACCUGGGAACAGGUCGUACUUUAAAGUAAAUUGGGCUGGUGGCAGUGUGAAUAACAGCAGUAACACUUCAAACACGUCUUACACUGUCACUGGUCUGACCGCUGGAGUGAAAUACACAUUCACUGUUACUGCAGUUGCUGCAGAUGGACAAACUGCAGGAGCAUCAACUCAAACUUCAGCCUUCACAAAGCCAAAUGCUGUCACAAAUCUCACUGUCUCUAUCAAAACCACAUCAUCUGUGUCUCUAACCUGGAAUGAGCCACCUGGGAACAGGUCGUACUUUAAAGUAAAUUGGGCUGGUGGCAGUGUGAAUAACAGCAGUAACACUUCAAACACGUCUUACACUGUCACUGGUCUGACCGCUGGAGUGAAAUACACAUUCACUGUUACUGCAGUUGCUGCAGAUGGACAAACUGCAGGAGCACCAACUCAAACUUCAGCCUUCGCAAAGCCAAAUGCUGUCACAAAUCUCACUGUCUCUAUCAAAACCACAUCAUCUGUGGCUCUAACCUGGAAUGAGCCACCUGGGAACAGGUCGUACUUUAAAGUAAAUUGGGCUGGUGGCAGUGUGAAUAACAGCAGUAACACUUCAAACACGUCUUACACUGUCACUGGUCUGACCGCUGGAGUGAAAUACACAUUCACUGUUACUGCAGUUGCUGCAGAUGGACAAACUGCAGGAGCAUCAACUCAAACUUCAGCCUUCACAAAGCCAAAUGCUGUCACAAAUCUCACUGUCUCUAUCAAAACCACAUCAUCUGUGUCUCUAACCUGGAAUGAGCCACCUGGGAACAGGUCGUACUUUAAAGUAAAUUGGGCUGGUGGCAGUGUGAAUAACAGCAGUAACACUUCAAACACGUCUUACACUGUCACUGGUCUGACCGCUGGAGUGAAAUACACAUUCACUGUUACUGCAGUUGCUGCAGAUGGACAAACUGCAGGAGCACCAACUCAAACUUCAGCCUUCGCAAAGCCAAAUGCUGUCACAAAUCUCACUGUCUCUAUCAAAACCACAUCAUCUGUGGCUCUAACCUGGAAUGAGCCACCUGGGAACAGGUCGUACUUUAAAGUAAAUUGGGCUGGUGGCAGUGUGAAUAACAGCAGUAACACUUCAAACACGUCUUACACUGUCACUGGUCUGACCGCUGGAGUGAAAUACACAUUCACUGUUACUGCAGUUGCUGCAGAUGGACAAACUGCAGGAGCAUCAACUCAAACUUCAGCCUUCACAAAGCCAAAUGCUGUCACAAAUCUCACUGUCUCUAUCAAAACCACAUCAUCUGUGUCUCUAACCUGGAAUGAGCCACCUGGGAACAGGUCGUACUUUAAAGUAAAUUGGGCUGGUGGCAGUGUGAAUAACAGCAGUAACACUUCAAACACGUCUUACACUGUCACUGGUCUGACCGCUGGAGUGAAAUACACAUUCACUGUUACUGCAGUUGCUGCAGAUGGACAAACUGCAGGAGCACCAACUCAAACUUCAGCCUUCGCAAAGCCAAAUGCUGUCACAAAUCUCACUGUCUCUAUCAAAACCACAUCAUCUGUGUCUCUAACCUGGAAUGAGCCACCUGGGAACAGGUCGUACUUUAAAGUAAAUUGGGCUGGUGGCAGUGUGAAUAACAGCAGUAACACUUCAAACACGUCUUACACUGUCACUGGUCUGACCGCUGGAGUGAAAUACACAUUCACUGUUACUGCAGUUGCUGCAGAUGGACAAACUGCAGGAGCAUCAACUCAAACUUCAGCCUUCACAAAGCCAAAUGCUGUCACAAAUCUCACUGUCUCUAUCAAAACCACAUCAUCUGUGUCUCUAACCUGGAAUGAGCCACCUGGGAACAGGUCGUACUUUAAAGUAAAUUGGGCUGGUGGCAGUGUGAAUAACAGCAGUAACACUUCAAACACGUCUUACACUGUCACUGGUCUGACCGCUGGAGUGAAAUACACAUUCACUGUUACUGCAGUUGCUGCAGAUGGACAAACUGCAGGAGCACCAACUCAAACUUCAGCCUUCGCAAAGCCAAAUGCUGUCACCAAUCUCACUGUCUCUAUCAAAACCUCAUCAUCUGUGUCUCUAACCUGGAAUGAGCCACCUGGGAACAGGUCGUACUUUACAGUAAAUUGGGCUGAUGGCAGUGUGAAUAACAGCAGUAACACUUCAAACACGUCUUACACUGUCACUGGUCUGACUGCUGGAGUGAACUACACAUUCACUGUUACUGCAGUUGCUGCAGAUGGACAAACUGCAGGAGCACCAACUCAAAUCUCAGUAUUCACAAACCCAAAUGCUGUAACCAAUCUCACUGUCUCUAACAAAACUACAUCAUCUGUGUCUCUAACCUGGAAUGAGCCACAUGGGAACAGGUCGUACUUUACAGUAAAUUGGACUGGUGGCAGUGUGAAUAUCAGCAGUAACACUUCAAACACGUCUUACACUGUCACUGGUCUGACUGCUGGAGUGAACUACACAUUCACUGUUACUGCAGUUGCUGCAGAUGGACAAACUGCAGGAGCACCAACUCAAACCUCAGCAUUCACAACACCAGAUGUUGUCUCCAGUCUCACUGUCUCUAACAAAACUACAUCAUCUGUCUCCCUAACUUGGAAUGAGCCACCUGGGAACAGGUCGUACUUUACAGUAAAUUGGACUGGUGGCAGUGUGAAUAACAGCAGUAACACUUCAAACACGUGUUACACUGUCACUGGUCUGACUGCUGGAGUAAACUACACAUUCACUAUUACUGCAGUCGCUGCAGAUGGACAAACUGCAGGAGCACCAAAUCAAAUCUCAGCAUUCACAAAGCCAAAUGCUGUCACCAGUCUCACUGUCUCUAACAAAACCACGUCAUCUGUGUCUCUAACCUGGAAUGGGCCACUUGGGAACAGGUCAUACUUUAAAGUAAAUUGGACUGGUGGCAGCGUGAAUAUCAGCAGUAACACUUCAAACACAUCUUACACUGUCACUGGUCUGACUGCUGGAGUGAACUACACAUUCACUGUUACUGCAGUUGCUGCAGAUUCACAAACGGCAGGAGCACCAACUCAAACCUCCACCUUCACAAAGCCAAAUGCUGUCACCAGUCUCACUGUCUCUAACAAAACCACGUCAUCUGUGUCUCUAACCUGGAGUGGGCCACUUGGGAACAGGUCGUACUUUACACUAAAUUGGACUGGUGGCAGUGUGAAUAACAGCAGUAACACUUCAAGCACAUCUUACACUGUCACUGGUCUGACUGCUGGAGUGAACUACACAUUCACUGUUACUGCAGUUGCUGCAGAUUCACAAACUGCAGGAGCACCAACUCAAACCUCCACCUUCACAAAGCCAAAUGCUGUCACCAGUCUCACUGUCUCUAACAAAACCACGUCAUCUGUGUCUCUAACCUGGAAUGGGCCACUUGGGAAAAGGUCCUACUUUAGAGUAAAUUGGACUGGUGGCAGCGUGAAUAUCAGCAGUAACACUUCAAGCACAUCUUACAUUGUCACUGGUCUGACUGCUGGAGUGAACUACACAUUCACUGUUAGUGCAGUUGCUGCAGAUUCACAAACUGCAGGAGCACCAACUCAAACCUCCACCUUCACAAAGCCAAAUGCUGUCACCAGUCUCACUGUCUCUAACAAAUUUACAUCAUCUGUGUCUCUAACCUGGAAUGGGCCACUUGGGAAAAGGUCCUACUUUACAGUAAAUUGGACUGAUGGCAGUGUGAAUAUCAGCAGUAACACUUCAAGCACAUCUUACACUGUCACUGGUCUGACUGCUGGAGUGAACUACAUAUUCACUGUUACUGCAGUUGCUGCAGAUGGAAAAACUGCAGGAGCACCAACUCAAACCUCCACCUUCACAAAGCCAAAUGCUGUCACCAGUCUCACUGUCUCUAACAAAACCACGUCAUCUGUGUCUCUAACCUGGAAUGGGCCACUUGGGAAAAGGUCCUACUUUAGAGUAAAUUGGACUGGUGGCAGCGUGAAUAUCAGCAGUAACACUUCAAGCACAUCUUACACUGUCACUGGUCUGACUGCUGGAGUGAACUACACAUUCACUGUUAGUGCAGUUGCUGCAGAUUCACAAACUGCAGGAGCACCAACUCAAACCUCCACCUUCACAAAGCCAAAUGCUGUCACCAGUCUCACUGUCUCUAACAAAUUUACAUCAUCUGUGUCUCUAACCUGGAAUGGGCCACUUGGGAAAAGGUCCUACUUUACAGUAAAUUGGACUGAUGGCAGUGUGAAUAUCAGCAGUAACACUUCAAGCACAUCUUACACUGUCACUGGUCUGACUGCUGGAGUGAACUACAUAUUCACUGUUACUGCAGUUGCUGCAGAUGGAAAAACUGCAGGAGCACCAACUCAAACCUCCACCUUCACAAAGCCAAAUGCUGUCACCAGUCUCACUGUCUCUAACAAAACCACGUCAUCUGUGUCUCUAACCUGGAAUGGGCCACUUGGGAAAAGGUCCUACUUUAGAGUAAAUUGGACUGGUGGCAGCGUGAAUAUCAGCAGUAACACUUCAAGCACAUCUUACAUUGUCACUGGUCUGACUGCUGGAGUGAACUACACAUUCACUGUUAGUGCAGUUGCUGCAGAUUCACAAACUGCAGGAGCACCAACUCAAACCUCCACCUUCACAAAGCCAAAUGCUGUCACCAGUCUCACUGUCUCUAACAAAUUUACAUCAUCUGUGUCUCUAACCUGGAAUGGGCCACUUGGGAAAAGGUCCUACUUUACAGUAAAUUGGACUGAUGGCAGUGUGAAUAUCAGCAGUAACACUUCAAGCACAUCUUACACUGUCACUGGUCUGACUGCUGGAGUGAACUACAUAUUCACUGUUACUGCAGUUGCUGCAGAUGGAAAAACUGCAGGAGCACCAACUCAAACCUCCACCUUCACAAAGCCAAAUGCUGUCACCAGUCUCACUGUCUCUAACAAAACCACGUCAUCUGUGUCUCUAACCUGGAAUGGGCCACUUGGGAAAAGGUCCUACUUUAGAGUAAAUUGGACUGGUGGCAGCGUGAAUAUCAGCAGUAACACUUCAAGCACAUCUUACAUUGUCACUGGUCUGACUGCUGGAGUGAACUACACAUUCACUGUUAGUGCAGUUGCUGCAGAUUCACAAACUGCAGGAGCACCAACUCAAACCUCCACCUUCACAAAGCCAAAUGCUGUCACCAGUCUCACUGUCUCUAACAAAACUACAUCAUCUGUGUCUCUAACCUGGAAUGGGCCACUUGGGAAAAGGUCCUACUUUACAGUAAAUUGGACUGAUGGCAGUGUGAAUAACAGCAGUAACACUUCAAGCACAUCUUACACUGUCACUGGUCUGACUGCUGGAGUGAACUACAUAUUCACUGUUACUGCAGUUGCUGCAGAUGGAAAAACUGCAGGAGCACCAACUCAAACCUCAGCCUUCACAAGGUCUCUUGGAACCAGGAGCCUAUCCCAGGGAGCAUGGGGCAGAAGGCGCAGAAGGCGAAGCAAGAGAUUGUGAAAGAUGCCCACUGUCUUCCUCUACUUAAUGACACUGGUUUCAUGUCUUUGCUUCUCUGAUGGAAAGAGCUAUUACAAAAACUAAAUUAAUUUUGGACAUGCAGUUCCGUAUCCAGCCAGUAAGGGUAAAAAGAAAGGUUGUGAAAGAUGUCCACUCUCCCCCAUUACUGAGUGCCACUGGUUUCAUGCCUAUACGCCUUUUAACAAAAAGGCCAUUACAAAAAUACCACCCACGAAGUUAUAGCAAAAACGAAGAAAACUUGCACUUUCCCCACGGUCCCAUACUUACAGCUCUGCCAAGAGCGAUAUUCCGGUUUAACUCACGUUGCGAAAUCUUUUUGCGGACUAGUGCUCAUUAUAUCGAGACAAAUAAUGAAAAGGAAGCUUGUGAAACAUUAUUAACUUUAUGCCCUUUUAGCGGUAAUACUGUUUAGGUUUUUUGGGGGCAAAUCGUUUUGGAGUUAUUGUUAUUUAUCUCCGAAUAUGUGACGAAUAUCGAACUAACUAACUAACUUAACUCAGCUUUCUGAAGUCACGUUUGAUGUCUGUGGUCUUUAAAAUCGGUUAAGAUUUUUUUUAAAUCGUAUUGUGCACUUUAAAAACAAAUGUUUUGGCUCAACAACAAAAAAAAAUUAGCGCAACAGUUUAUGUCAAAUCUUUUUGAGUUGUGACAGCUUAUAAUGAAAUUAAGUUCAACCAAGUUCAAACUAUAUUGAGUUAGACGAAUGACCUUUUCCUCUACAGUCAAAUGUAUUUUCACUUAACACUAAGUUAAUAUUUUGUACAAUAAACACACAUCUUUAAGUUGAUUACUCAUAAAAAUUAAGUUGAUCCAACUAGUUUUUUUCUUCACAUUAUUUAAAAGGAAUUUAAGUGUUAUGUACUUAAUUACCAUAAUUAUGAACGCCAUUUUUUAAGUUGACAACCGUUUAAAAAUUAAUUUGCUAUAAUUAGAUAUUCUUCAAUAGUUUAUAGCUUUCAUAUUUUUGUUAAUUUUAUAGCACUUAUUAAAUGAAUUCAUUCAACAACACUAUUGUUAGACAAUUAACUUUUUUUUUAUUUUGAACUGCAAUAUUUACAUAUUGAAAACAAACAACAACAAAUGAAUUUUCCGUCACAAAUUCCCUCUUUUUUUUACACCACCAGUUUUGGUGCCUUUUCAGUUGACUUAAAAAUAUAAAACUGCAAAAUCUGAAUAAAAUCUGAUAGUGCUCUGAAACAAGUGGAAUCUUCAGAAAAUAUUGUUCUUUAGACUCAUUACUUCUGCACUGGCUUUCAGUUCAUCAAGUUCAGGGAACAGCUUCUGAAACUCUUCAAAUGUAUAUUUUAGUUCCUUGCGAUAGCUCAGAUUCAGAGCAUAUAUUAUGCCCAUCAGCAAAGCACAGCACCUUGGGAUAUCCGUUCCUUGCAAGAUUUUGGUUCCCUCGACCAUGAUGGUUGCUGUCUUGUGGUCAGAUCCUGAGGUGGACCAGUCACUGAUGAUGGCAGUUUUCAUCAUUUGCCCUAUCAAAUCCUGCCUCCGACUCUUCUUUGUCCUUGUAAAGCACAAGAUAGAUUGAAAGAUAGAUGAAAAGAUAGAUUAGCAUGUUAGAGAGAAUGAAUUGGAUGAUUACUGAUGACUUUUUAGACUGUCACUCUUACUGAAUAUAAUGGAGCCAUUAUUUAUUUUAUUUUAACCCUUAUACUCACACAUGCACAUGCACCCAAUUACUCAAAUGGUCUAAAUAGGUUGCAUCAACAAGAAACACAAAACAUUUAUUGUAUCAUAAAACACAAUAAUGGUAACAUAUGUCCAUUUUUCUUUUAUAACACAACUUAAAUAGUAUGUUCUAUGACCAAAUUGACCUGCUAUAAUAAAUUAGAUUUAUCAACAGUUGCGCAACAUGAGGUUAAUCCAGGAAAUUAUCUGUUACCUCACGGCCAGCAGAGGGCACUGCGGCACGGCUUCUCUUUUGUUUUCGUUUGCUUCCUGCUUGGACAUUAAUUUAAGUCUGAUCAUGUCUCUCAUUUGCCCCAGGUGUUCAUGUUUUGGUUUGAUUAUGUUGACUAUUUAAACCCCUCGGUGACUGCGCACUUUGCGCAGUAUUAUUUGGAUUACGUUUGUCAUGUCAAGGAAGUAUGGCGGUAUGUGCUAACGUGUAGCAUGCUAGCGGUCUUAGCUAGAUGGCCAGAGUUUAAGUAUAGUCAGUAGAGACCGCGCUCCCUGUGUUUGUUUAUCUGCUAAUUAAUAAAGACUUUGACCUGCA